AUGAAAAAACUCCUGAAGACUGAGCAGAAAAAUUGAGUGGUGCAAAGAGAGAAGAAAAAAGUGAGCACGUCACUCGUUCGCUCGCUCGGCCGGCCAAAAACACACAUCGUCAUCAUCAUCCUCAUGAUCUCAUCCUUCGAAUUCUUCGCCCUCACCUCCAAACCCUAACCCUAACCCUAGAACUCCCUAAACCCUAGCACCACCCAUGGCGGCCGCGGCCAGAAUCGACGGCCAGGAUCCCCCGAUCUCGUCCUCGGCUCCUCCAAUCGACGGCCAGGACAAGGUCAUCGCCACCGCUAGGCAGAUCGUAAAGAGCCUCAAGCGCAACGAUAAGACCGCGCGCGAGGACAUGCUCCGCAUUCUUCUCGACCUUCGACAACCGCUUCUCCUCCAUCAACCGUAUUCGCCUUACCCUCCGCCCGACGCCUCCCGACGGCAGGGAUCGCCGAUCGAGGGGGACGAAGAAGAAGGCGGAGCUGAGGACGUCGAGGCCGACGAGGCUCGUCUCAGGAUCGAGGCCAGGCUUGAUGAGGCUGACAAGGUAAUUUCUCGCUGGGACUCUUUGCAGUUCGAAACCCUACUGUUUGAAUCCUCGCCGGAUGAGAUCGCAGAUUUUCUCUUUACGGUCGACGAUCUCAUCUCCGUCGCUAGCAAGGAUGAAUUCGAUUUCUAUGAAGAUCUACGCGAAAAAGCUGAGAUCUUGAUCCAGAUCUCGAUGUCGAGGCUCGAGGAGGAGUUCCGCCACAUCAUGAUUCGGAACACCGUCCCCCUCGACGCCGCGGGCUUGCACAGCUCGAUCCGUCGCCUUUCCCUCUCUUUCGCGUCUGAUGCAGGUGAAAAUGAACACUUGGACGAAGAAUUCGACAUCUCGAAUGAGGCUGAGUCGUCCGUAGAUAGCUCCAGUCAUCAUCAUCAUCGGAGGCAAGAAAGCGAGAGAUCUGAGCGGUUUGGUUCACUCUCUGAAGUUGACCUCAUCCGUCCUGAGGCGGUUGCGGAUUUGAAAGAUAUUGCGGAUCGAAUGAUCCGGUCCGAUUACAGUAAAGAGCUUUCUCAGGUGUAUAGCAGUGUGAGAAGAGAGAUCUUGGAUGAGUGUCUCUCUGUUCUUGGUGUUGAUAGAAUGAGUAUUGAUGAAGUGCAGAGAAUUGAGUGGAAGACUCUUGAUGAUAAGAUGAGAAAGUGGAUACAGGCUGUGAAAGUAGUGGUGAGGGUCUUGUUGUCGGGUGAGCGCCGUCUCUGUGAUGAGAUCUUUUCUGAAUCUGAUGAGCUUAAAGAAGAGUGUUUUGUUGAGAGUACCAAGGGCUGCAUCAUGCAACUGUUGAAUUUUGGAGAUGCUGUUGCAAUCCAAAGGCGGUCGUCAGAGAAGUUGUUUCGGAUUCUUGACAUGUAUGAAGCUCUAUCGGAAGUAAAACCCAGUUUGGAUGAAUUGUUUGCCGGUGACUUGGGUGCUUAUAUUAUCAAGGAGACUGAGCGGAUAUUGGAGUGGUUGGGUGAUGCUGUGAGAGGAACGUUAGCAGAAUUUACAAAUGCAGUUCAGAAGGAGACUUCGAAAAAGACAAUGCAGGGUGGGGAGAUCCACCCUUUGGUUCGGUAUGUGAUGAAUUAUGUGAAGUUGUUGGUGGAUUAUAGUAACUUGCUUGAAUCUCUUCUUGAUGAUAGUGGAUUUGAGAGUGAGGAUGUUGGUUCUUGUGACGAGAGCAAGACCCGAUUAGGACACUGGUUGCGCUUGUUGAUUUCAUAUCUGGAGUCUAAUCUCGAGGAGAAGUCCAAGUUUUAUGAGGACGCAGCUUUGCAGUUCAUAUUUUUAAUGAAUAAUCGACUUUAUAUAGUCCAGAAAGUAAAGGAUUCUGAUCUUGGGAAAAUCUUAGGAGAAGAUUGGGUUCGGAGGCGUCGUGGGCAAAUUCGCCAGUACCAUAAUAGUUAUAUCAGAGCAUCUUGGACGAAAGCGUUAUCUUUUCUGAAGGAUGAUGGAUUGGGUGGGAGUGGGAGUGCCAGUAGUGUUUCAAAAGUGGCUCUAAAGGAGCGUUUCAAGAGUUUUAAUUUGGCAUUUGAAGAGAUAUAUAGGACGCAAACUACUUGGAAGGUUCCAGAUCCUCAACUCCGUGAAGAGCUGCAGGUAUCUACAGCAGAGAGGAUUAUCCCAGCAUAUCGAUCUUUUCUGGGGAGGUUUGGUGGUCAGUUGGAGACUUCCCGGCAUGCAGCAAAGUACAUUAAGUAUACGCCAGAGGAUUUGGAGGCCCAACUUCUGGAGUUUUUUGAAGGGUCAUCUGGGUUGUCAAACCAUCCAAGGAGAAAACUUAGUUCAUCUUAGCUCAGUCAAUGACAGGAAAUGCUCAUGGCUGAUGCGCCUCAAAUGUUGCCAAGAUUGGCACAUGAACUGCUGCUGCAUUUAAGUUGUGGAUGUUAUGUGUGGUGUAGAUUUGCGUUGUUGCUUCCAUCCGUAGUCUGAUAUGAAGUACCAUGGUUCAGAUACGCAAGUACUGUUAUGUUUUCGCGAAAGAAACAAGAAACUUAGGUAAUAGUUUUAAUGUUUUCAAGUAUCAUGUAGAAACAACAGGCAGAUGUUCUGACUUGUGUUUUAUUUGCCCGUUGAAGUUAUAGUCAGGAGCUCCGAAUGCAGAUUCGAUUGAUUGUUUCCCAUAUUAAUUGAUGAAUGUGCCAACCAGAGUCAGUUUGGGACCUGAAGCUGUGUUUUUUGUCAAACAAGAUCGCAGAUUUCAAAUUUUAAUGCAAGGAACCGAGCUCUAUUGUAUCAUCAGAACAUGAUUUUUAAGAUCUGUUAGAUUUUCUUGUGUAGUCUUAAUCAUUUUAUUGGAUCUUCGUAAAUGUCGUCUUCUCGCUA